GUUGCCCCAGAAACCCGGGCGGUUAUCAGCUGGAUGCAGCGCUACCCCUUCGUGCUGAGCGCCAACCUUCACGGAGGGGAGUUGGUGGUGUCCUACCCCUUCGACAUGACCCGCACCUACUGGAAAGCCCAGGAGCUGACCCCCACCGCGGAUGACGCCGUCUUCCGAUGGCUGGCCACCGUCUACGCCACCUCCAACCUGGUGAUGGUAGAUAGCGAACGGCGGCGGUGCCACUACGACGACUUCAUGCAGGAAGGAAACAUCAUCAACGGAGCCAACUGGCACACCGUGCCGGGAAGUAUGAAUGACUUCAGCUACCUGCAUACCAACUGCUUUGAGGUGACCAUCGAGCUCUCCUGCGACAAAUUCCCGCACGCGUCGGAGCUUCCCCAGGAGUGGGAGAACAAUAAGGAAUCCCUGUUGCUGUACAUGGAACAGAUCCACCGAGGGAUUAAGGGGAUCGUCCGGGACAAAGACACGGAGCAAGGCAUCGCUGAUGCCAUCAUUUCUGUUGACGGCAUCAACCACGACAUCAGGACAGCUUUCGAUGGGGACUACUGGCGCCUGCUCAACCCCGGCGAGUACGAAGUGACCGCCAAGGCCGAGGGCUACCACCCCGUCACCCGGACCUGCCACGUCUCUUACGAGAACAACCCCACCCUCUGCGACUUCCGCCUGACCAAGACCCCCAAGCAGCGUCUGCGAGAGAUCCUGGCCAAAGGCGGGAAGGUGCCCAAGGACCUGGCGCUGCGUCUCCGCCAGCUGCGUCUGCGCCAACUGCAGGCCCAGCGACAGGCCCAGUGAGGGCAAGGAAAGGCCACAAGGCAGCGCCCCGAGGAGGACGCGGCUCUCGGGCCCUUCUUCCGCCCGGGGGUCCUUUCGGUUUGGGGAGGCUUGCGAGAAUGCCGGCCCUCGGCCCCCCAAACGGUGAAUGUGCCUCCUGGACUUUCAAAAGAACCGAGAUAUU